AACUUCAUGAUUCGAAUCUUCAAAGAAGACAACACCUUUUUUACUGUCUCCUGCAAAAUAAAUACAACCGUCUCAGAGAUCUUGUCAAUGAUCGGAAACAAAAAAUCUUUUCUAAAAUCUAUCGACGACUACGUUCUUGAAAUGAGAAUUGGAAUUUACUUUAAAAUUCUCGCAAUGGCAGAUAAACCAUUUGAACUCCAGCUAGCCAUUUUAGUUAUUUCGGGGUUUUUCGGUAAAACUGGCCCUUUUCAACCCAUUUCUCAAGACGACUCUGCAUACCUCAUUAGAUUCUCCUUGAAAAGAGACAUUGCAGAUAGACUAUUAACAUGGGAAGAAGAAACCAAACUAGCAACAACAAACUACACCAUUAUCGACCUUGAAAAUAUGAACUUGAAAAUCGUUCCCAUUGCAAUUUAUAAACAUUACUCAAAAAUCAGAGAGUUUAACGUAUCAAGAAACCCCUCUAUAUUUGUUCCGAAAGACUUUAUUGGUGAUUACGAAGUUUUAAAAGUAAUCAGAUUUGAAAAUAACAUUUCUGGAAAAUUUCCACCAUGUGUUUUAUCUGCUAAGCGAGGUUUAGUAGAGCUAUAUUUAGGCUCUAAUUUGUUCUACGAAAUCCCACAAAAAUUCGGCUCUUCUUCUAUCUCAAAUACUUUAGUAAAACUAUUUCUUAAUUGCAAUAGGUUAUCUUAUUUGCCCACCUCAUUUUCAAAUUUCAAAAAUCUUAAAAUUCUAGAUUUAUCAUCAAAUACAUUUAGAAUAUUUCCAGACCAAAUUUGCAAUCUAGAAAGUCUUUACCUGCUUGACAUAAGUUUCAACAUGUUAACGGUUUUACCACCACAACUAAAAAAAUUGAAAAAACUUCAAAUCUUAAAUUUAGAUUUUAAUCAUUUAACAGGCGCUUUACCAAAUUACUUUAUUUAUCUCAAAAAUCUUCGAAUUAUAAGAGCAAGAAGAAAUAAUUUAACAGAUAUUAACGUUUUAUCUGACUUGGAAUUCUUGGAAGUAUUGGAAUUCGAUAAAAACAAUAUCCCCACAUUUCUGGUGAAUUUUAAAUCACAUAGAACUCUACAACAUUAUGAAUUUACAGAAAGCGAUGACGAUGUAUACCAUGAUAUAUUUCUCAAUCUAAAUACUUUGAAUCUUUCCAAAUGCAAAUUAUCUAAAUUGCCUGAUAAACUUCUCACUGUUUUCCCUAAUCUCAUAAAACUAAUUCUUGACUCAAAUUCAAUUGCGAAUUUCCCCUCUUCAAUUUAUAAUCUUCAUAAAUUGAUUUAUCUUUCCGCACAUUCUAAUGACAUUGCAGGCUUUACAGAUGAAAUUGAGCAGUUAGAAUCCUUGCAGGUAUUGGAUCUACAUUCAAAUAACAUUAAAGAUAUUCCUUCUUCGAUUUGGAAGUUGGGUAAUCUUUUGGAUUUAAAUCUUAGCUCUAAUCUAAUUACUCAGUUUCCACCACCAAAUAUACCAUUUUCAAGUGCUGUAAAUAAUAGCAGAAAUCCUUCUCUUGUUCUUCGCCUUGCAAAUAAUGCUCUUUCUGAUGAUUGCUUUGAUCCAAUUUCUUACUUGACAAAAUUGGAAUGCCUAAAUUUAUCUUAUAAUGAUUUGAUAGAAGUUCCGCACCAUGCUUUAAAAAGAUUGAACAACUUGAUCCAUUUACAUCUUUCAGGAAAUGAAUUAACAAAUUUACCUGCUGAUGAUUUGAAAAAACUAAAAUCCUUGAAAAGUUUGUACAUUAAUAACAACAAGUUUAGAACACUACCAGCUGAGUUAGCUAAUGUAGAAAACCUAACAGUGUUGGAUGUUGGCUCAAAUCAGCUAAAGUAUAAUAUUUCUAACUGGCCAUUUGAUUGGAAUUGGCAAUGGAAUUUGAAAUUACGAUACUUGAAUUUUUCUGGUAAUACUAGAUUGGAAAUUAAGCAGAUCAGUAGUCACACUGCUUCUAUAAGCUCAAAUGAUGGAGAAGAGGAUUCUAAAAUUAGAUUUGAUAGCUUCAAUGACUUGAAUCACCUCAAAAUUCUAGGUUUGAUGGGUGUAACUUCUAAUACUGCUGCUUUGAUUCCAGAAAAUUCAACAAAUCUAAGAGUUAGGACCACAGAUCCUGAUGUUAACAAUAUGCGAUAUGGUAUUGCCGAUACUUUGGGACAGAGAGAUUAUAUUUCUAUCCGAGACACUGUUUAUGAAAGGUUUCAAGGAAAUGAAGAUGAAAUUUUGAUUUGUUUGAUUGAUGGGAAAUCAAGAACAAUGGACUAUUUGAAUACUGUUGCUGGAGAAAAAAGCGGCCAUAAGAUAUCUCAAAUUAUUCAAGAAGCCUUUCCAAGAAUAUUUAUAGCAGAAUUAAAAAAAUGUAUUUCUUCAAAAGAGCCAAUAGAAGAUGCAUUAAGAAGAGGGUUUCUUUGGUUGAAUCGAGAAAUCCACAAUCUUAUUAUACCUUAUAAUGAUAGACUCAUUAAUAUAGGUACAAAAAGCAAAGGAUCCAUUUUCAGUUUUGGUUCUGCUAGAUAUUCGAAUAAAAAUUCAAUUCCAUUUGACAUUACAAUUCAAGAUGCAUUUUCUGGUUGUUCGAUGACUGUUAUAUACAUUAAAGACAAGACUUUAUACUCAGCAAAUGUGGGAGAUAUUACUACUAUUUUAUCUAAGAGCAGUGGAAGUUAUGUCCCUAUCACUAUAAAACAUGACCCUCUUUCAGUUGAAGAACUUUAUAGAGUCAAAGUAUCGGGAGGAUUUGUUGAUAUUGAAGGGUAUAUUGAUGGUGUGACUGAUGUUUCCAGAGCUGUUGGGUUUUUUAAUUUGCUUCCUCAUAUAAACGCAAGUCCCUGUGUCAACAAGAUGAAAUUGACAUUGGCUGAUGAGAUGCUAAUUAUAGCUACAAAAGAGCUAUGGCAGUAUAUUACCUAUGAGGAUGCUAUUGAUAUAAUGAGACAGGAUAAAUCAAAUCCCAUGAUAGCAGCUCAAAAACUUAGAGAUAUAGCUAUCUCUUAUGGUGCAGAGGAUAAAAUGACAGUCAUUAUUUUAUCCCUAGAAGAUAAUAGUUGUCUCACAAAGAGUGAUGAAGAUCCUAAUAUUUUGUCUGGAAAUGAUAAUACGAUUCUGCAAAUCAAGAAAAGAAGAAAUAGAUUUGCUUUAUCUGAAGAUUUAAACCUGGUUCAAUUGGGAAAUGAAAUUGAUCCUCCUAUUGGGAGGGUCGCUAUGGUUUUUACUGAUAUUAAAAGUUCAACGUACUUGUGGGAUAAUUUUCCCACAGAAAUGAGAGCUGCGAUUAAAACACAUAAUGAAAUUAUGAGAAGACAGUUAAGAAUUGUUGGAGGGUAUGAGGUCAAAACCGAAGGUGAUGCUUUCAUGGUCUCAUUUCCAACAAUCACCUCUGCUUUAAUUUGGUGUUUUAAUGUUCAGAUGCAAUUAUUAAAAGAAGACUGGCCGUUGGAGCUUGUGGACUCGACUGAGGGAUGUGAAAUACUUAACGACGAGGGCAAAAUAAUAUUUAGGGGUAUUUCUGUGCGUAUGGGUAUUCAUUUAGGAACACCUUUAUCUGAAAAGGAUGUUAUUACCAAAAGAAUGGAUUAUUACGGACCAAUGGUCAAUAGAGCUUCAAGAGUUAGUGCUAUUGCAGAAGGAGGUCAAAUAACCAUCAGUUUAGAUUUUCUUAAUGAGCUACAUAAAUUGGAAGGAUAUUAUGAGGAAGUUAAAUCAGGAAAAAAGUCAAUCUUGGAAGUCUAUGGCAAUGAAAUACUUGGAAAACAAUUACAAGAAGAAAUGACCAAACUAAAGCUUGAAGGGUAUAAGAUUUUUAAAUUAGGAGAGAAAAAGCUUAAAGGGUUGGAAACUCCUGAACAAAUUUCUGCAAUCUAUCCUUUAGAGUUGGCUAGUAGAUUUAUACCAAUUAAUAGCUACGAUCGCUUUCAAAAUAACUUGAAUAAGAGAAAAAGCUCUUUGUUCCAAAACAAAAAAGGUCUUGAGAAUUUUUUGAUGAAUAUAUCAAAUUUAGAAUCAUUAGCUAUUAGACUAGAAACAGUUUGUUCAGAGAUUUCUGCCAAAAAUGCUAAAAGUUUCAUGGCUGGAUCUUAUCAUGACAGAAACAUCAAUGGUUAUCGUUCUAAAGAAACAAAUAAUGUUUCUUCAUUAGAAAAUAUCAUUACUCGGAUUGAAAAUGCUGUCUCAGUGUUAGCAUUUCGUCAAGCAAUUAGUGCCAAAACUGGAAAUGGAUUGUUGACUAAUAAUAAAGGUGAGUCAAUUGACGAAAUUCUU